UGAAAAAAAAUUAUCCGGGAUGUAAGUAUGUAACACACAAUGUAAUAUAUUCUAACAACAUACAUGAGUAUUUAAACCUAGCAAAUAAAAUAUUUCGAUGGUUAUAUGUGCGUUGAGAAAUGUGCAAAAUUGACUGCUAUAAUUAAAAAAGAACGAAAAAAGUAUUAAGACCUAAGUACUACUGUACUAGUAUACUGUUGGGAUAUAUUAUCCCGGUCUGUUACUGUUCAGGAGCCCAAGAUAUUAUCCAGUACGGAGCCCGAGCAGCUAGGGGCAUUUCGGCCCGUCCAGCCCACUUUGGCCAUUAGGCCCGACAUCGGCCCGUUUGGCCCAUUAGGGUGGAGUACUUCCCUCACCCCUUUCCCUAUUUAUAGGAGGUCUUCCCUCCAUAUUAUGGACCCCUUUUUUAUCCCUUCUUUCUUCCUUCUCUCUAGAAUAGCUUAGAACUCCAUUAAUGGAAGCUUCAAUACUUGUACUAUGUAAUGGUGAGGAGAGUAUUAAUGAGAAUGAGAGGACUUGGACAUUAGCCUAAAAAAUCCCGUAGUUUUCUCUCUUUCGGGUUUCCACGUAAAAACUGAGUGUUCAUACAUAUAUUUACUAUAUCGUGUUGGAUUAAACUCAACACUGGCGCCGUCUGUGGGAAUCUGUCCAAAAAGAUUCAUGUGUUCUACUGUUCUUGAGUUUCUACGAAAAAUUCAUACCAAAAUGGACUGAUUCUAGCAGGAAGAGGAGAGGAGAAGCUAUGGAUUCUGAGAAGCCCAGAUCUGGAUUUUUUCCAGAUCUGUUUUGAGGUCGCCGGAGCCGCCGUCGUCCCCGCCGCCAUGGACCUUCCGGUGGGUCCAGCUGUACCAGGCGGAGCUCGCUGCCGCGUCCUGGGUCUCGCCGCUCCGUUCCUAGAGGAACACCGCUAGCUGCGAGCAGAGCCAUGCCCGUCGCAGGGGCACUGUUCACGGCUCGAACUUAGUCCCUCCGCCCGAAACAAGGCACUGUCGCUCGCCGCCGGCUUCCGGCAGGUCACAAGUGGUCACUUUCUGUCUGGCCAGCCGCUACUCGGGCACCAGCAUCCCUGCCAACGCGACCUGAAGGUUCUGUUCGUUGAGAGCUCCAUGAUUUCCACCAUUAAUGGUGGUUUCGAGCUCAAAAGAGGUAUACCCAGUUGUUCGUUCAAGUUUCCGCCGGAGACUAGCUUUUCCGGCCACCCUUGCUCCGCUGCAGCUUCCAUCGCAACCGCUAGCAAGCGGUCACCAAACAGACAGCACACCGUUUUGGCCUUGGGAUGGUGAGUCGAUGCUUCAACAGUUCAACUUGCUGUCCAAAGGAUGUGGAAUACUGCAUAUCGUUCGGAUGGCUUGGUCCUCAUAAAGCCACGUGAGUAGAGGAGGGGUGGUCAAGGGAUAAGUUUUGGAGAAGGUUGACUGAGUCAAAAUUGCAAAGGGAAUCAAACCAAUUUCCCUCAUGCUAGCUGGCCGAACAUCUACCCCAAAGCUAAGUACCUACACCUUUAAAUUGGUACACUUAAUUGCUAAUAGUUUAAACUAUUAGUAUUGCUAGUAUUUUUAUCACCAUUAUUUAUUAGGGAUUAAAACUCCCAAAAUUAAAUAGUGCGAGCUAUGCUCUAAGUGAUAAUUAAUUCCACCAUCAUUUUAACUAGGUGAUUGGUGUUGUAGGCCCGUCGCCCACUCCUGAUCGGCUGUAAUUAGCGAACGGAGCAUAUCUCAAUGACCUUUGAUAGGAUAAUAUCAUUGUUACUACCCGUACAUCACCAUUAUUUGUUAGGGAUAAAAAUGUCCCGAAAUAAAUAAUGCUGAGCGAAGCUCUAGUGAUAGUUAGUUUGGCCAACUUUUUAUUAAAUGUUUAAUUGUUGGUGGGCCCGAUUAGCCCACUCUCGAUCGGUUUUGAUUAGCGAUCUGAGCGUCUCCAGAGGGUAGUGCCCCAAUGACGCAUUUUAAUUUGGGGGUUACGCAUUAGUCCGCACGACACCAAGUGCUCGAGCGACGAUCGUACCCUAGUACCAUCUGCGCCGCUAGGCAAAGUGACUGUGCCAAACGCGGCCUGUGGGGCCCGAAGGCACCAAAGCGCUCAGCCUCCUUUUUCCAAGGGCAGUGCGACUAACUUGGGUCUGAGUUUGAAAACUCACAGACCGAUGAAUAUUUUUAUGUGACGUUCGGUAGGAUGCUAAAUGGCCCUGCCGCAAGUUGUUAUGUCCGGUAACCCCGCACGAUGAGCCAGAGUGAGGGUCACAAUGACCCAUAGGCCAGUAAUCGUGGGUGUUAGAGAGAAACCCACACAGAUGGCUAUGUAUAUAUACUGUCGGGCCGUGCGGCCCGUUAUCAUGCUUAUUGCGCAGCUGAAGCCACUCGACGCGCUCGAGCGGAAUGAUUAAAAGACGCUCGGCCCGAGUCUUGAAGACGUUCAGGGCCAGCUAAAGAGGAGACCACCACGGUUGAGAAACUGGGACGAGCAUCUCUACCCCAGAGACCGAUGGCCUAGGAAGAACACCUAGAGGCCGAGGGUCUAGAGGCGAAUGCCAUGACAGAGAACUGUGAGACGGUCACUCGUCAUUCAGAGGCCGAGGGCCUAGAAGAGAUCGUCACGGCCGAGGGCCAUCUGACGCCAUCAUUACAUCAUGACCGGCCCCUCGGCACGGCAUGAUCAUCAUAUUUGAAGACCGGCCUCGUCCCCGCACUGCGUGGAUGAGGACUGUUGCUUGAUUUCAGGUCGGCCUCUCAUUGCUGACACCAUUAUAUCACGACCGGCCUCCCGGCUCGGCGUGCUUCCCAUAUUAGAAGACCGGUUUCAUCCCCGCUCCUCGCGGAUGACGGCCGUUGCUUGUUUUCUCAGAUCGGCCUCUCAUUGCCGACACCGUUAUAUCACGACCGGCCUCCCGGCUCGGCGUGCUUUCCAUAUUUGAAGACCGGUUUCAUCCCCGCUCCUCGCGGAUGACGGCCGUUGCUUGUUUUCUCAGAUCGGCCUCUCAUUGUCGAUGUUAUUAUAUCACGACCGGCCUCCCGACACGACGUGUUUAUCUUGUGAAGACCGGCCUUGUCCCCGCCCCUCGCGGACGAGGACCAUUGCUUGAUUCUUUCAGGUCGGCCUCUUACUGCUGACACUAUCAUAUCAUGUUCGGCCUCUCGGCACGACAUAUUUAUCUUUUGAAGACCGGUUUCAUCCCCGCGCUGCGUGGAUGAGAGCCGUUGCUUGGAUAUAUCGGCCUGAUCGGACACUAUCGUCAUCUCCUUAUCAGGACCGACUGCUCAGUGACAUUAUGAUCAUUAUUGGCUCCCAAUGCCGACCUUCUUGAGUUAGCGAUCAGACUCACCCCUCCCCUCCAGGAGGGUGACCAUCGCCUUCGCAUGACGACCAACUUUUCCAACGCCUCGUCAUUUUAUUCGUUUUGGUAUCCCAGCACCAUUAUGUGUGACCUCACGUGUGGUCAUUCUUAGAACCGACGAACGUAUUUUCCUCCCUCAAAAAAAAAAGAUGGGGAGAAGGGGAGACGAGAUCCUAUGAGAGAGGGAGUCUUGACGAGGUAUGCCAGAUCUUCCUUCGCCGCGAAUGACGAACGUCUCCUGACACGGAGGUCAGUAGGAACGUGGGGGGGGGGGGGGGGGGGGGGGGGUGCUAGACGAACCAAUGGGAACCUCGGCAAGAUAAACCAGUUCCUCCUAUUUCCCGUGGAUCGACGAACACCUUUUGCCAGAGCAGAAGGCUAGUAGGGCCACGAGCAUGGGACGACGAAGCAGGGAACCCGUGAUAGGGUAAACCAGUUCCCCCUUGCGAUCGGUGGAUGCCGAACGUCUUCUUCGAGGGAAGAAGAUUAGUAGGAUCACGACAGGGACGAACGAAGAAACGGGAACCCUGACAGGGUAUACCGGUUCCUCCCCCUUGAUGAACGGAUGACGAACGUCUUCUGCGAAGCCAGAAGACUAGUAACUCACGACUGGGGACGAACAGAGAUAGGGAAUCCCGACGUGGAUAAACCUGUUUCUUCUCAUAGUUGGGAUGACGAACGUCUCCUGCGAAACCAGGAGACCAGUGACUCACGAGACUUGGGAAGAACGAAGACCAGCUCCAUGGAUCAGACACGAAGAACCAGUUCUUUACCGGAGUCUGUUGCGUGCCGAGUGUACACCGCUUAGCGGUCCAUACAUAGGACCACAGAUACGGUAGACGAACGAAGACCACCUCCAUGGAUCAGACACGAAGGACCAGUUCUCCACCGGAGUCUGUUGCGUGCCGAGUGAACACCACUUAGUGGUCCGUACAUAGGACCACAGAUACGGUGGACGAACGAAGACCAGCUCCAUGGAUCAGACACGAAGAACCAGUUCUUUACCGGAGUCUGUUGCGUGCCGAGUGUACACCGCUUAGCGGUCCAUACAUAGGACCACGGAUACGGUAGACGAACGAAGACCAGCUCCAUGGAUCAGACACGAAGGACCAGUUCUCCACCGGAGUCUGUUGCGUACCGAGUGUACACCGCUUAGUGGUCCGUACAUAGGACCACGGAUACGGUAGACGAACGACGAUUAGCUCCCCAGAUCAGGUAGGAGGGACAUCGCCCAGAUUUAUCUCAGGCUCACCAUUCCUUCCCGGAUGGAGUCCUGGCAGACGAUCGGCUUCUCACAGCCAAUCAGGAGAGAGACUUGACACAUCACCAGCACGGCCGAGGGCCGUGAGACGAUUACCACUCACCGACAGGCCGAGGGCCAUGAGAUGAUCAUCACUAUUUUUGUGUAUCACGAUCGGCCCCUCAGCGCAUCAUGUCCAGAUUCACGGUUCGGCUCGCCCAUUCCCUUCCAGGAUGGCGACGACCGUCUUAUGCAGUACGAUCGGCCCUUCAGCGCCAUCAUACCCAGCUCACGUUCAGCUCGCCCAUCCCUUCUAGGGUGGCGACGAACGUCUUAUGCAUCACGAUCGGCCCCUCAGCGCCAUCGUGUCCAGAUUCACGGUUCGGCUCGCCCAUUCCCCCCAGGAUGGCGACGACCGUCUUAUGCAGUACGAUCGGCCCCUCAGCGCCAUCGUACCCAGCUCACGUUCAGGUUCAGCUCGUCCAUCCCUUCCAGGGUGGCGACAAACGUCUUAUGCAUCACGAUCGGCCCCUCAGCGCCAUCGUGUCCAGACUCACGGUUCGACUCGCCCAUUCCCUCCAGGAUGGCGACGACCGUCUUAUGCAGUACGAUCGGCCCCUCAGCGCCAUCGUACCCAGCUCACGUUCAGCUCGUCCAUCCCUUCCAGGGUGGCGACGAACGUCUUAUGCAUCACGAUCGGCCCCUCAGCGCCAUCGUGUCCAGAUUCACGGUUCGGCUCGCCCAUUCCCCCCAGGAUGGCGACGACCGUCUUAUGCAGUACGAUCGGCCCCUCAGCGCCAUCGUACCCAACUCACGUUCAGCUCGUCCAUCCCUUCCAGGGUGGCGACGAACGUCUUAUGCAUCAAGAUCAGCCCCUCAGCGCCAUCGUGUCCAGACUCACGGUUCGACUCGCCCAUUCCCUCCAGGAUGGCGACGACCGUCUUAUGCAGUACGAUCGGCCCCUCAGCGCCAUCGUACCCAGCUCACGUUCAGCUCGUCCAUCCCUUCCAGGGGUGGCGACGAACGUCUUAUGCAUCACGAUCGGCCCCUCAGCGCCAUCGUGUCCAGACUCACGGUUCGGCUCGCCCAUUCCCUUCCAGGAUGGCGACGACCGUCUUAUGCAGUACGAUCGGCCCCUCAGCGCCAUCAUACCCAGCUCACGUUCAGCUCGUCCCCCUUCCAGGGUGGCGACGAACGUCUUAUGCAUCACGAUCGGCCCCUCAGUGCCAUCGUGUCUAGACUCACGGUUCGGCUCGCCCAUUCCCUCCAGGAUGGCGAUGACCGUCUUAUGCAGUAUGAUCGGCCCCUCAGCGCCAUCGUACCCAGCUCACGUUCAGCUCGUCCAUCCCUUCUAGGGUGGCGAGGAACGUCUUAUGCAUCACGAUCGGCCCCCCAGCGCCAUUGGUCCAGACUCACGGUUCGGCUCGCCCAUUCCCUUCUAGGAUGGCGACGACCGUCUUAUGCAGUACGAUCGGCCCCUCAGCGCCAUCGUACCCAGCUCGGCGUUCAGCUUGUCCAUCCCUUCCAGGGUGGCGACGAACGUCUUAUGCAUCACGAUCGGCCCCUCAGCGCCAUCGUGUCCAGAUUCACGGUUCGGCUCGCCCAUUCCCUUCCAGGAUGGCGACGAACGUCUUUAUGCAGCACGAUCGGCCUCUCAGCACCAUCGUGUCUGGCUCAUGUUCGGCUCGCCCGUCCCUUCCAGGAUGGCGACAAACGUCUCUUAUGCAGCAUGAUUGGCCCCUCAGUGCCAUCGUGUCUAGUUCAUCUCCGGGUCGCCCAUCUCCUCCAGGAUGGGGACAAAUAUCUUAUGCAGCACAAUCGGCCCCCGCCGUGCCAUUGUGUCGAGUUCAUCUCCGGAUCGCCCAUCCCUUCUAGGAUGGCGACGACCAUCUUAUGCAGCACGUCUGCCUCUCGGCGCUGACAUGCCCGGUUUAUCGAUGAGAGCCACCGCUUUCUAUCACAUCUCACAUUCCUUCUCUCAUACAUUGCACCCAUACAUUACAUGCAUUCAUGCAUUCAUGCAUCAUACCUCAUACAUUCAUACAUACACACGUGCAUCAUGUUUUGACAGUACCGCGACGUCGGUUUAUAGAUGCAUGGACCUCUAAGCUUCUCCGAUUGGAAAGCUCGAGUCAGAGUCCUUUACUCCCGCCUGAUGCAUUCAGGGGGAGUGUGCCCGUGGAGGAGCACCCUUUGCCCGACCCCGUCGGGAAGGGGGGUGCCUCACUGGCAGAUUACGUUCAGGAGUGUAGACACCCACUCAUAUAUUGUGAUUAUUCGAAGACACAGUUUCCAGCAAGACAAAGGAAGAGCGCAGGCGAGAGUAUAUUUUCUCGAGCAGAUUCGCACGCUCACUACUCAAGAAACUGGGGGACUUGUGUUGGGAUAUAUUAUCCCGGUCUGUUACUGUUCAGGAGCCCAAGAUAUUAUCCAGUACGGAGCCCGAGCAGCUAGGGGCAUUUCGGCCCGUCCAGCCCACUUUGGCCAUUAGGCCCGACAUCGGCCCGUUUGGCCCAUUAGGGUGGAGUACUUCCCUCACCCCUUUCCCUAUUUAUAGGAGGUCUUCCCUCCAUAUUAUGGACCCCUUUUUAUCCCUUCUUUCUUCCUUCUCUCUAGAAUAGCUUAGAACUCCAUUAAUGGAAGCUUCAAUACUUGUACUAUGUAAUGGUGAGGAGAGUAUUAAUGAGAAUGAGAGGACUUGGACAUUAGCCUAAAAAAUCCCGUAGUUUUCUCUCUUUCGGGUUUCCACGUAAAAACUGAGUGUUCAUACAUAUAUUUACUAUAUCGUGUUGGAUUAAACUCAACAUAUACUUUUUUCAUCCAAUCAUCCAAUGGAACCGUUUGUCACCACUUCAAUAAUUUCAAUACAUUUAGGGGUGUUUGGAUUUGAUUCUUAAAACUGCUUCUGCUCCGUCAGGGAGCAGAUUCUGCUCCGUCAGGGAGCAGAAGCAGAAGUUGGAGUGUUUGGAUGAAAGUGCAGAAGUGAUUCUGGUACUCAAAUUUACUCUUAGAAUCAGUUUUUUUAGAAGCUGGGGGGUGACCAACUUCUGAAAACUGAUUCUGAUUCUGCUUCUGCUUUAAAAAAGAAGUAGAAGCAGAAUCACUUCCAAACACCCCCUACUCAACAUAGCCAGUUCAUUUAUCAUUUAAUUUUUCGAUCGCAGCUUGUUGGCAACAAUGUGAACUUACCACGUGAUAAUAUAACUGUUGAAAUUCUGAAUGAAUACGGAGCUUACCAAGUAGCAGCAGAUGUCAUCAACUCAUCAUAUAGUACGAGACGGAGUAUUAAUCAUUCGGGUUUGAGGUACACGCCCACAUGUGAUUGAAAAGACACCAACGAUCACAAAUUAAAGCCCAAAUGCUGAAAUGGCGGAACCAGCGGCUGGCUGCAAUUUUAAAAAGUGAGCUAAGCUCAUUUUAGUUAUUUUUGCCCCACCUCUCAACUUUCAAGCUGACCAAUUGACGGACAAUAGGAAAACAUUCAAUAAAAGGGAAGUCAUACUAUCAUUCAUUUACGGAGUAACAUAUCAAUUUUACAUUAUUCGCACACUUUAUUCUCACUAUAUUUU